AUGUCCUGCUGGCGCGUCUUGGCCCUGGUGGUGGUGCUGGCCCUCGGAGACCGCCCCGCCCUCGCGUGUGAGCCUCCAGAGGGCGUCGCGGAGAGCUUCACAGUGCUCGAGGGCGGCGUGGUGGUGUUGUCCUGCGAGGAGGCGGGCGUGCGGGCGUGGGCGGACGGGUCGCGCCUCCUGCUCCCGGAGUGUGUCGACGGCAACUGGACGGCCACGAGCGACCGCUGCGUCGACGAGCCAGACCUCGCUGCGUGCGACCCAGCGGCCACGCCCACUCCCCCGAGCGGCGCCGUCGUGCUCUGGGAGGGCGUCGAGGGCGUCGUCUACGGGUGCGAGAGCGGGAAGUCCUGGGCGUCCGGGCGGAGGGCGGCGCUCGUGCAGUGCCUGCAGGGACACUGGACGCCCCUCGACGACGCUUGCCUGUGUAAGUCGGCCGCUGGACGUUCGUACUGGGCGCUCUCGAAGGCAGACGCUCACCCUCAGCCAUGA